UUGCAUAUACAGUUAUGGUGAUUAUCGUGUAACUUUUUGUUAAAGAAAAUUUGGGUAGUGUUUGGAUAGUGUAGGGGUGUACGGAUUUUGUAGUUUGUUAUUUGUCUUAUUUGGUGUCCGAUAAAUAUGUUACAGUUUGUUGUAUUAUAGAGGAGCAAUUUGGGUGUAUGUGAUAAAAAUAAAAGUAAAUAAAUGAACGAUGUGAAAGUGUGGUUUUAUAUCCUAUAUCAUGGUGGAGGUAUAGAUGGAUUUUAGAAUUGUAUUCUCCGAGUGGGCAUCAUAAUCAGAUUGUUAUUUUGGAAAAAGUAGGAAUUGUGAAUGGAAGUAUUUACUAGGAGGGGGAAGUUGACUUUGCUUUAUGAUCUGUUAGGAAUUUUUCUGUAUCAGUGUGUAAAAUCAGACUGGAAUGUGUAAUGUGGUGACGGGUAAGUGGGGAAUCAACAAGGGCAAGGAUCUACUAGCCAACACAAUAUACCUGCAGCAGAAUCAGAGUGUUUGCAAGGCAAACGCAGCGUCUGGGAUGGCUGUGCAUGAUGACUGCAAACUGAAGUUCUUAGAAUUGAAGGCUAAAAGGAGCCACCGCUUCAUUGUUUUCAAGAUUGAAAUGGUGCAGAAGCAGGUCGUUGUGGAGAAGCUAGGUCAACCAACCGACAGUUAUGAGGAUUUUGCUGCAAGCCUCCCUGCUGAUGAAUGCCGAUAUGCUGUCUAUGACUUUGAUUAUGUGACGGAUGAGAACUGUCAGAAGAGUAGGAUCGUUUUUAUUGCAUGGUCUCCUGAUACGGCCAAGGUGAGAAACAAGAUGAUUUAUGCUAGCUCGAAGGACAGGUUCAAGAGAGAGUUAGAUGGCAUUCAGGUAGAGCUGCAAGCUACCGAUCCAACUGAGAUGGGUCUUGAUGUUAUUAGAAGCCGAUCAAAUUGAAUAUUAAGUACCUAAAAUGCGAUGUGGAGAGCCUAUAUGAUGUGGUUCAUUAAAGUCUACUGUUUAUAAAAUUUGAACCUAGAAGUUGCUUCUCAAAGUGUUGUCUUUAUUAUAUCUGUGGAUUCAUGGGGUGGUUAUCCCCUUCUAGCGUGAUGAUUACGCACAAUUUAUAUGAUGGUUUGUGGUGGUAUAGUUUCUCA